CGCAUCCAUUAGGAUGCGCCUGCAUUUCCACUGUUGACUGGGUCAGUCUCGACGGCUUUUGCGCGUCGCUUCUGUUACUCGUUGCCCCUGCCUUGUUGAUCUGUUUGUAUCGUCUCUAUGACAACUGGUCUACCAGGCAGCAGGAUCCAUGAAUUAAGAUAGACAAAUUGCCAUGGAUCCAGAGACCACCACGCGCGACCCCCGCCUGGCUCGUCCUUUCAGACCAGCUCCUGCUCGCACAUCAUCCGGCAACCAUCAUCGACUCGGUAGACAACAGUUGAGCAUUCCUUCUCCCACCGACAUAAAUAAUUCCAAUCCCGAUCAGUUGAUUCGCGGUGUCUCUGAUCUCGUUCAAGCCGCGGUACUAGCUGCCAACAGCCAAUCGGAGAGAGAACGAUUGCAGAAAAGAAAGGAUGCCACUACGUUACUAGCCACGAAAGCCAAGGGCUUUACGAGCUUUCCAUCGACUGCAGCUUUCUUCCAAAAGUCUCUGGCCGAAGAGGACACGGAGUUAAGACGCGUUGACGAAGCGCUGAAAAGGCAUGCGGCUAAUUAUAAACAGCUCGAAAAUGCUUUGCGGCUUACACUUGCCUCAUCUAUUUGCGAUAGCAGUAAGUCUGAGAAUACAGCCGCCUUACAGCGUGAGGUUGAGGGGACCAGGAGCGAUCUGAGCAGCGCCAAUUGCGAGAUAGUCAAUUUGCGUGACAAUAAUGUGACACUGGAGCACAAAGUGAAAGAAAUCCAAGAUCGUGUGACUCGGACGGAGAGUGCUUUUUCGGAUCAUGCCAGCACACUGACGAGACAUGCAAGGAAUAAUGCAGAAACAAGUGAGCGCGUUGCGCAACUCAGCUCAGCCUUGGACAGGAAAACUGGUUCCUCGCCCAUGCAAGACCGAAUCGAGAAACUAGUUUCAUCGAUCUCGGGUAUGGGGAGUCAAUUGGAGGCCCUCCAGGCCAGCAAUCACCGGAAAACAGAAGAAUACUGGGGCUUGCUGGAAAAUGUGCGUCAAGAUUUUGCCAACAAGCUUGACUCACUCUCAGAUCAACUGACAUCCUAUGAUCCUCGUCUGAGUUCAGUGGAAAGCAGGCUUGGAGAGGUCUCAACGUCUACCAAGUCCCUUCGCUCUGAUUCUAUGGUUCGAUCCGAGUUGGAUGAGCUAAAAAGUCAACUAAAGAAGCUCCAGGGUUCCUCCGAUUUCCAUAGCCUUACUCAUCGGAUAGAGCAACUCCAGGUAUUACAGGCGAUGAAAGAUGACCUCAUGAUGUCUGAAAUGGAGGAGCUCAAGAGCAAUAUAGAACAAAGCACCAAGGAGAUCGUGACGCUUAAGACUGAGAACAAACAGGUUAGUGAAGCGCUUAAGACUGUUCUGAGUCGAGACAAUUUAGACUCGAAAGAGCAAAAGCAAAUCACAGCACUAGAAGCAACACUGCAUACAGCACAACAAACCCUGGAGAGCGUUCGAGUAGGGCUACACUCACUUGAGAUGCGCUACAACAACCUGUCCACAGGACCUCUCGUUAAGAGUAUGGCACAAGUCAUGCAGGAGAUGUACCCCAACGCAGCACAGUUGAUUGACAGGGUGAAACUGCUUACGAGUCAAUUCGAGCAACGACUUUCGCAAGUGAAUGCAAGGCUAGAAAGCCUGGAACGAACACCUGGCCAAUCAGACAAUAUCCAACAAUCACAUAAUCACCUGGCUCAGCAGGUUCAAAAUCUGCUCACUCGACACGAUGCUUUGGCGCAAUCAUUGAUGCCUUUGCGCGAUUCCAAUGGACGAAUGUCAAAUACGGGUAUAUCACUAAAUGAACUCAAAGAGGUCCAAUCCAAGGUCACAGAACUUGCUUCGACAAUCAGCACCUACAUAGACUCAAGGAAGACCCAAGAUGAUUUCCUGAUCGAGAAAAUGGCAGAAGAACGAGUUUCUCUCAGAUCCCAGACCCAGACUCUGACCAAUGAACUCGUGAAUUUGAGUCUACAGGUUACUGAGAUCCAGGAGAAUUUCAAGGCAGAUAUUAAAAGGUUAAAGGGUUGUCCUGCUGAGAUACAAACUCAUCAGUAUCGACUUCGCCAGCUUGAGAAUGUCACGGCAACCAGAUGGGAUGAUUUGGAGGCCAAGGUCAAAAGACUCGAAGAGUCUGCGAAUCAAUUCCUUCCGAGUCAAGGAGGUUCCGAAUCUGCGUCUCAGUCGCAACUUCCUGCCGCCAACACAGUAGCCCUGGGGCGGGAAAAGAAGCAACCUCGUAUAUUGGCACUUUCUGACCACGAAAGAGGAAGCCAGUCGUGCGCGAGCUCUCCUGUUUCCUUCUCUUCACAAGUCGGGUUGGAGUCAACACCCAAUCCAGAGAGCAAGAAGGGGCUGAAGAAAGGCCCGAAAAAACGCAAGCGUCAGGCCGAGGAGCCUAUCGUUGUCGAAUAGAUUGCAAGCAUCUAUGACACAACGGCAUCUAAGUCCUGUACCAUCAGGAUUUAACGAUGGCUUUCAGUGAAUAAGCCUUCAUGAAUUUCACGAGCGCAGCCUCAACCGGUUACUUCUGUAUCUCUCUUCUUUUCUUUUCUCUUGUUUUGGAGACCUGCUUAAAGCGAAGAUUGUUUCCUCCUUCUGUAACUAAUUCUAGCCCCACUGAAACCACAGCUGGGAAAUCUCUGUUUGAAAUCUCCUGCAUGCACAGGACAAAAACAGUCGGUGGCCGUACACACAGUGCAUGCGCAGGCGGCAGGCAGACCUCCUCAGGGUAGUCCCUGCUCGGGCUUUUCUUUAUUCCAUGGUGACUGGAACAAAUUCUCUCCAGCAGAAAUGAAAGAGAACUCUUCUUGUAG